CGGUGGCUGGUGGCUGGUGUGAGGGGUGUAUACGGGAGCAGCGCUGGAGGCCGGUGGCUGGUGUGAGGGGUGUAUACGGGAGCAGCGCUGGAGGCUGGUGGCUGGUGUGAGGGGUGUAUACGGGAGCAGCGCUGGAGGCUGGAGGCCGGUGGCUGGUGUGAGGGGUGUAUACGGGAGCAGCGCUGGAGGCCGGUGGUCUCGGGUAAAGCGGCUUUAGCAGCAGCGGCAGCAGCAGCGUUCUGGAGAGGUGGCGGGGGAAGCAGAAGACUCUGCAUGAAUAAUCGUCUACAAAUCAGCUUUACUCGUCACCCGCCGGUGGCAGGGUGGGUCCGUGUGUCCUCGUGCCCUGCUCUGAUCAAUAACCAGCAGAGGAACACGGACGACACGUGAGAAGCGUCCAGAACAAACAUGAAACUGGUUCGGUCUGCCUCGGUGAUCUCUGGACCCUCUCUUGUUUAGCAAACAAGGCGCUUUGCUGUCGUUUCCCGUGCCAGCCCAGGUUUCCCGGCCAGCCCAGGUUUCCCGGCCAGCCCAGGUUUCCCGUGCCAGCCCAGGUUUCCCGGCCAGCCCAGGUUUCCCGGCAGGGUGGAACUCUUCUGCUGUCUGGAGACAGGACGAGCAGCUGAGCAGAUCCAGGAUCCGCGGUUCGGAGAUCCAGGAUCCGCGGUUCGGAGAUCCGUGGCUUUAAUAUUCCCAGAGUGACAUCACGGUGGAUGAAAGUCUCCGUCCUCGGGUCACCAUGGCCGGGGGUUUGGUCCUGCUGCUGCUGUCUGGGGUUUUUCUCUGCGGGCUUCUGUUCCACAUGGAGAGUCAGCAGGGCAUCAGAAGCGAUGAACCCAGAAAGAGACCCAACUUCAUCGUCAUACUGGCGGACGACAUCGGCUGGGGCGACCUGGGAGCCAACCGGCCCGGGCCGAAGACAAACAACACGCCUCAUCUGGACCUGAUGGCUCAGCAGGGAAUCAGACUGACAGAUUUCCAUUCUCCGGCCUCCACAUGUUCUCCGUCACGUGCUGCCAUCCUGACGGGCCGCUACGGCUUGAGGAACGGCGUCACACACAACUUUGCAGUGGGCUCAGUGGCCGGCCUGCCGGGGUCAGAGGUCACCUUCGCCCAGUUGCUGCAGGCGGCGGGUUACUACACCGCCAUGCUAGGAAAAUGGCACCUCGGCCACAAUGGACAGUACGGGCCCACUGACAGAGGGUUUGACUACUUCCUGGGCAUUCCUUACAGUAAUGACAUGGGCUGUACAGACAGACCGGGCUUCGACCUCCCGUCCUGCCCGCCGUGUGAUGUCGGACCACUGCCGUUGAGGUCAGGGCGAGGCUGUUACUCCUGGGUGGGUGUCCCGCUGGUGGAGAACAGCAGUGUGGUGGAGCAGCCACUGGACCUCUGGACUCUAACACAGAGAUACAAAUCCACUGCAGCCAGAAUCAUACGAGACGCACGGAAGCGAGGGCAGUCCUAUCUGCUCUACAUGGCUUUGGCCCACAUGCACGUCCCCCUGGCCCCACCUGAACCUGCUGGGGCCUCCCGGCCCAGCCGGCCAGGCGCCAGCGAGGUGUACGCUGCUAGCCUGAGAGAAAUGGAUGACGUGGUGGGAUGGAUAAAGAGCGUUUCUGAUGAUACGGACAGAGACAACACGCUCAUCUGGUUCACAGGUGACAAUGGUCCCUGGGAGGAGAAGUGUCAGUAUGCAGGAAGUGCAGGACCCUACCAGGGGAGGUGGCAGACCAUGAGAGGCGGCAGCUCAGCGAAGCGGACAACGUGGGAGGGGGGUCACCGGGUGCCCACGCUGGCCUACUGGCCAGGCACGAUUCCUGCAAACACCACCAGCUCUGCCCUGCUCAGUGGUAUGGACAUCUUCCAGACGCUGCUGUCUCUGGCAGGGCUGCAGCCUCCCUCCGACCGACGGUAUGAUGGGAUUGAUGCCACCGACGUUCUCCUGCAUGGAGCACAGACCGGACAUGAGUUCCUCCUCCAUCCUAACAGUGGCGCUGCAGGCAGGUUCGGGGACCUGCAGGCUGUCAGAACAGGGAAGCACAAAGCUUUCUACAUCACAGGUGCGGCGGUGGCGUGCGGAGGAGGAACAGGAAGAGCAGAGCUUCACGACCCACCGCUGAUAUUUGACCUGGAGCGUGACGAGGGGGAGAAGACGCCGCUGGAGACCGCCGCCGAGGAGUACCAGGCGGCUCUGCAGCGGGUCAGCGUGGUGAGGGACAGAGUGCUGUGGGACAUCGCCACCGACCGAUCCGUGUCCACUGCAGACUACACCACAGACCAGUCGGCAGUGCCCUGUUGUGACCCGCAGCAUGCCGCCUGCCGCUGCGAUAUGAGGACGGACACACACACACACACACACACACACACACACACACACACACACACACUGGGCUCGAUUAGUCGUGUGUAGUUUGUUUCCUGGACGUUGACGGUUCAGAGGACAAACACGACUGGACGAGUGCAAACAAACAGAACAUCUGAGUAGAACAUCUGUGACAUGAUACAUGAGACAUGUGACAUGAGAACAGACCCGGUCUGAGUGAUGAGGUUCUCCGCCCGCUGAGAACAGACCCGGUCUGCGUGAUGAGGUUCUCCGCCCGCUGAGAACAGACCCGGUCUGAGUGAUGAGGUUCUCCGCCCGCUGAGAACAGACCCGGUCUGAGUGAUGAGGUUCUCUGCCCGCUGAGAACAGACCCGGUCUGCGUGAUGAGGUUCUCCGCCCGCUGAGAACAG